CCCGCCGGCUGCGGGUGCGGGGGACGUCAGCGCUGCCAGCGUGGAAACCGCUGCGGGCCGCGGGAGGCGGAAGUAGAGCCCGGCGCCGCGGGAACAUCGCGGGACACCUCAGCCAUGGACGCGUCCCUGGAGAAGAUAACAGACCCUACAUUAGCUGAAAUGGGAAAAAACUUGAAAGAGGCAAUGCGGAUGCUAGAGACCAGCCAGAGAAGAAUAGAGGAGGAAAAUGGAAAGAAGCCAAUAUCAGAGGACAUUCCAGGGCCACUUCAAGGCAGUGGACAAGAUAUGGUGAGCAUUCUCCAGUUAGUUCAAAAUCUGAUGCAUGGAGAUGAAGAUGAGGAGCCCCAGAGCACCCGAAUCCAGAAUAUUGGAGAACAAGGUCACAUGGCUUUGUUGGGUCAUAGUCUGGGUGCUUAUAUUUCAACUCUGGAUAAAGAAAAGCUGAGAAAACUUACAACCAGGAUACUUUCAGACACUACCUUAUGGCUACGCCGGAUUUUCAGGUAUGAAAAUGGAUGUGCUUAUUUCCAUGAGGAAGAGAGGGAAGGACUUACUAAGAUCUGUAGGCUUGUCGUUCAUUCUCGCUAUGAAGACUUUGUAGUGGAUGGAUUCAACGCGUUAUAUAACAAAAAGCCUGUCAUAUAUCUUAGUGCUGCUGCUAGACCUGGCCUGGGCCAAUACCUUUGUAAUCAGCUUGGCUUACCCUUCCCCUGCUUGUGUCGUGUUCCCUGUAACACUAUGUUUGGAUCCCAGCAUCAGAUGGAUGUUGCCUUUCUCGAGAAACUGAUUAAAGAUGACAUAGAAAGAGGAAGGCUGCCCUUACUGCUUGUUGCAAGUGCUGGUACUGCAGCAGUUGGACACACAGACAAAAUUGGACGUUUGAAGGAGCUCUGUGAGCAGUAUGGCAUCUGGCUUCAUGUGGAAGGUGUGAAUCUGGCAACAUUGGCUCUAGGUUAUGUCUCCUCAUCUGUGCUGGCUGCAACUAAAUGUGAUAGCAUGACACUGACUCCUGGCCCGUGGCUAGGUCUGCCAGCCGUUCCUGCAGUGACGCUCUACAAACAUGAUGAUCCUGCCUUGACCCUAGUUGCUGGUCUUACAUCAAAUAAGCCUGCAGACAAACUUCGAGCCCUGCCGCUGUGGUUGUCUCUACAAUACUUGGGACUUGAUGGCAUUGUGGAAAGAAUAAAGCAUGCCUGUCAGCUGAGUCAACGGUUACAAGAAGGUUUGAAGAAAGUGGACCACAUAAAAAUCUUGGUUGAAGAUGAGCUCAGUUCUCCAGUAGUGGUGUUCAGAUUUUUCCAGGAAUUACCAGACUCAGAUGCAGCGUUUAAAGCUGUCCCUGUAUCCAACAUAUCACCUGCAGCAGUUGGCCGGGAGAGACACUCCUUUGAUGCACUGAACCGCUGGCUGGGAGAACAGUUAAAACAGUUGGUGCCUACAUGUGGCCUCACUGUCAUAGACCUGGAGGUAGAUGGCACAUGUGUGCGAUUCAGCCCUUUGAUGACCGCAGCAGUGUUAGGAACUAGAGGAGAAGAUGUGGAUCAACUCAUCAGCUGCAUCCAAAGCAAACUGCCUGUGCUGACCUGCACGCUACAGCUACGAGAAGAGUUCAAGCAGGAGGUGGAAGGGAUGGCAGGCCUCCUGUAUGUUGAUGACCCCAACUGGCCUGGAAUCGGGGUUGUCAGGUAUGAGCAUGCUAAUGACGAUAACACCAGUUUGAAGUCUGAUCCAGAAGGGGAAAAAAUACACACUGGACUUCUGAAAAAGUUAAAUGAACUGGAAUCUGACCUUACAUUUAAAAUGGGCCCUGAGUACAAAAGCAUGAAGAGCUGCAUUUACAUUGGCAUGGCAAGUGAUGAUGUGGAUGUUUCUGAGCUAGUGGAGACCAUUGCAGUCACAGCCCGGGAAAUUGAGGAAAACUCAAGGCUUCUAGAGAACAUGACAGAAGUCGUUCGGAAGGGGAUUCAGGAGGCUCAGGUUCAACUACAAAAGGCAAAUGAGGAACGACUUCUGGAAGAGGGUGUGUUGCGGCAGAUCCCUGUAGUAGGAUCUGUACUGAAUUGGUUUUCUCCAGUGCAAGCUUCACAAAAGGGAAGAAGUUUUAACCUAACAGCAGGCUCUCUGGAGUCCACAGAAUACACAUAUGUCUACAAAGUACAAGGUACAGGAGUGACACCACCUCCCACACCCUCAGGCACUCGAAGCAAACAGAGACUUCCAGGUCAGAAGCCUUUUAAAAGAUCCCUGAGAGGCUCAGAUGCUGUGAGUGAGACCAGCUCAGUCAGCCACAUUGAAGACCUGGAAAAGGUGGAACAGCUGUCCAGUGGGCUAGAGCACAGCAACCUAGAGGCCCACUGCCCCGAGCAGCCUCUCAAGGCUCCUGCUCCCACGGCCAGACAGACUGAGGCCCUGCAAAACAAGGCCCAGCAUCCGGAAGAUGACCACUCACAGGACCAGGACUGGACGUACACAGCAAGGCCAUUUUGGUUUUUGUCUAGUGCUCAUGGGAGAAGGUAUGAGAUAUUUGGGUGUCUGUAUACUCUGAUGUAUACCAGCAUCUUAUGUUGGUGCAAUAGAUCAUGCUUACAUAGCAAAGGCCAUUGCCUAAUAAGCCAGGUCUCCAGUUCCUGUUUGGUUUCUUUUGAAAAAAAGAAAGAAGAGAGAGAGAGAAAGGAGAGGAAGGAGAGGAAGGAAGGAAGGAAGGAAGGAAGGAAGGAAGGAAGGGAAAGAAAGAAAGAGAGAGAGAGAGAAAGAAAGAAGGAAAGAAAGAAAGAAAGAAAGAAAGAAAGAAAGAAAGAAAGAAAGAAAGAAAGAAAGAAAGAAAGAAAGAAAAGAAAAGAAAGAAGAGAAAACUACAUAGCCCAGGCUGGCCUCUACCUCACAUCCUUGUGCUUGGAUUAAAACUAUAUGCCAUGCCGGGCUCAUUCUGGGCAUUUUCUACCUUUUCCUCAGAUGGGAUGAAUAUUUAAUUAAAUAGCAUCCUAGAGACCAGGAUGCUAUUUAAUUAAACAGCACCAUAUAGCUUGAGGUAAAGACAACUUGGAGUGGGUCCCAUAUCAAACAUAGGUAAUCCCAGCCCUGGAAAAGGUUGAGACCAGGUUAAGUAACAAGGUCUUGUCUGAAAAUAAAAUGGUCCUGAGCUAAGAGCACUCAGUGGCAUAGCACUGAACAGCAUAUGUGAGGUAACACCUCCAUCCCAUCGUCAGCACUACUAAAAACCAAGAAAAAAUGCAGUGGCUAAAAGAAGUUAAACUUUAAAACUGACUUACUUGCUCAUUGUCUGUAGUGACUCAUCAAACUACUCUUUGGUAACUAGGUCCAGGCUCUUAAUACCUCUACUAUCUUUCAGGCAGAGAACUAUAGCAUCUGGCACUUAGAACCCAAAUUCACCAUUACCUCUAACUCUUGAGGAAGGGGGCUGGGUCCUGGUAAGGAGGUGGCCAAACUUUCCUCGGUGCUAAAAACUUGAGGCUCUUGGGGUUCCUCUGUAUACCCAUCCCACAAAGAUGGACUCCUACUCACCGGGCCUCCUGCUAAAGCUCUCGCAGCACGCAGCUGCUCCUCUGGCCCCCGAUCUUGAAAGGAAGCUCUGUAGAUCUCUGCGGUUUUAAUGUUGACAGCUGCAAGGGACAAGGAUCCAAAACAGACUACAUUCCCACCACUACACAUAAGAACCAGACACAGCUGGGCACGGUGGCACGUGCUUGUAAGACCAGCACUCCAGGAGAUAGAAGCAGGUGGAUACUUGAGUUCAAGACAAGCCUGGUGUAUAAACUGAGUCCAGGACAGCCAAGGCAACAUAGAGAAACCAUGUCUCAAGGAGAGAGAAAAAAAAAAAAGGAAACAAAAGAUUGGAAUCUGGAGAAAGAACAAAGAAGGGCCUGUGUGCUCACCACCCAGCUAGCUAAACAUGGGCACACCAGAAGGCAGCUGCAAUUAGCUACUCUUGGAAAGAGGGCACUAGGCUUCCUUCAAUCCAGCAGUUCUGCACUCUUUGUGAUCUUCAUUCUAAAUCAAAACCUUACUUUAUUUUCAGAGUAUACAGAGACCCAAAUAUCUCAUGCCUUCCCCCAUGAACACUAGACAAAAACCAUGCCAGACCACCUACCCACCCUGUGACACUUAACUGUAGGAGUGGGUGUGGGGUGGGCAGAACGUAUGCUGUACACCGGCAUUACAAGCUCACAGCCGAAGGUUAACUACGCCAGGCCCUUGCCCAGGUUUUCACAAUAAAUACAUAUAGAUAGGAGCAAGGAAGGAUCCAAACCCACCAACAGAUGGAAUGACUUUAACCUGAGACAGCCUGCUAGACUACCCCAUGUGGAAACCAUAUAGCCCUCUAAUACAAACCCUACUUACCAAUGCCAUAAAUGAUUGGAAAAUGGUUUUCAUUUUCUUCCCGGUCAUUUAAUUCUAAGAAAUGAAGGGAAGUAGAAACACUGAACAGUUGUUCUUGUUCCAUAUGACGGAAAAACUCAGGCAGUGUAUAGUCCCAGGUAGUCCACUGGCUGGCCCUGCCUCUGGCCACACCCUCCCCUUCCAGGCUGCAGAGAAGCCUCCAACAGCCUGAAAGCCAUACACCAGGGCCUAUUUGUAGGAGCAGCAUGAACACCCAAUUUAUCUGGGUAGAACCUGUGGCAAGAAGGCUACCUAGUUUGAUUAUUGAGCAGUGGAGACAAGUCAUCGAAUAGGUGACAGUCUCUUUUUGAGUAUCUUCUACAAUUCCUGUCUUGAUGGGAGCUGUUAAAAGGAUACAGACAAAACCUUCCUGAAUCCUUUCAGCCUGUUUGGGGAAAGCAGAAGAACUCACCUGUCACACAUAAUGUCACUAAGUGAAUAUCAUCAUCUUGUUUGUCAAAUUCACCUACAAUUAGAAUUUCAAAAUUGGUGUCAAAAGAGUAUCCAAGAACGAGUUGACAGAGGUAUACAUAUUAGGAGCUGGGGAUAGCUCAACUGACACAGUAAUUGCCUAGCAUGCUUAAGGCCCUCGGUUCAAUCCUUAGCACUACAGAAACAGGCAUGAGGGCACAUCUGAUUUCAAGGCCAGUCUAUGCUACUUGAGAUCCUGUCUCAAAAAAAGGGGGUGGGGGGUGCGUUGAGGCAAGAGGUUAGGCCAGCAAGAAGACUUAAUCUGUAAAGGUGUUUGUAACCUAUGUUUGAUAUGGGACCCACUCCAAGUUGUCUUUACCUCAAGCUAUAUGGUGCAUAUGUGUCCCAAGUACUCCCAUGCACUUAAAAGUAAAAGAAAAAAAUGAAGUCUGUUAUGUGUAAUUAAUGUAUGGUACUAUAAAAAACCUUAUGGGGCUGGAGACAUGGCUUGGUGGUUAAAGCACUGGCAGAGGACAUGGUUAAGUCUCAGUACCCACAUCAGGGCAUGUUCUAAAAGGAGACUAACUCUUCUUGAGUCUGUUAGUAAGAGCAAAGAAAUGUCUUUAUGUGUCUAAGUGUUUUGCCUGUGUUGUGUGUGUACCAUGCGCAUUAUGUUUCCAGGAUCCCCUGAAACUGGUGUUACACGGUUGUGAGCUACCAUGUGAGAGCUGGGAAUUGAACCUGGGUUCCCUGGAAGAGUAGCCAGUACUCUUAACCACUAAGCCAUCUCUCCAGCCUCAGAACAAAAAAUUUUGUGAAUGUUUUUAGACAAGAGAACAGAGAGUAGGUUCUGAAUGGCCAUCACCCCACUGUAGAUCAGCCUUUCGUUUCUGUGCACAGCACAGUGGAGCUCAUAACAGACAGCAGUGCCCUAGUUACACCAUAAAUUUUUAUACCCUGGUUGCUUUUGUUAGACAUAGGUUCUCCCCAUGCGCUUAAAACUUAAUAAGGUUUGUUUCACACAGGGUCUCACUACGUAGCCCUGGCUGUCCUGAAACUCAGAUCCACCUGCCUCAGCCUCCCAAAUUGCUGGGAUUAAAGAUGUGUUCUACAACACCAAGCUUUUACAA